AUGUCAGACAUGAUGCCACCACGUUCCCCAGAGCCAGACAACCUGGCUCUUGCAGUGUCCGCCCCGGAUAAUACGGAGGAGGCAGGCGCCACCUUCGAGUCGGAUGCAUCAUCCGACUCGCCAGAAUAG